AUGAAAGGAAGCGAGCUGAGGAUUGAAGUGGUGGUGGUUUUGGUGCUUGGAGUGUUGGCGACGGCGUCGUAUUGCGCGACUGUGACGUACGAUCACAGAGCGCUGGUGAUUGAUGGCAAGCGCAGAGUGUUGGUCUCUGGCUCCAUUCACUAUCCUCGAAGCACUCCCGAUAUGUGGCCGGACCUUAUUCAGAAAUCCAAGGACGGAGGCUUGGAUGUCAUUGAGACCUACGUCUUCUGGAACUUUCACGAACCAGUUCGUGGCCAGUAUGAUUUUAGUGGACGAAAAGAUUUGGUUAAAUUUGUGAAGAUAGUAGCACAAGCUGGUCUUUAUGUGCAUCUUCGAAUUGGUCCUUAUGUAUGCGCAGAAUGGAACUACGGUGGCUUUCCUCUUUGGUUGCAUUUUAUUCCUGGAAUUCAAUUGCGAACUGACAAUGAGCCUUUCAAGGCAGAGAUGCAACGAUUUACAGCCAAAAUUGUUGAUAUGAUGAAGGAGGAGAAACUUUAUGCAUCUCAGGGUGGACCCAUCAUUUUAUCCCAGAUUGAAAACGAGUAUGGAAACAUUGAUAAAGCAUACGGGCCUGCUGCCCAGAAGUAUAUUAAUUGGGCAGCAAGCAUGGCUGUGGCUUUGGAUACAGGGGUGCCCUGGGUCAUGUGCCAGCAAGACGAUGCUCCUGCUUCUGUGAUCAGCACUUGCAAUGGAUUUUACUGUGAUCAAUGGACCCCAAAACUUCCUGACAAGAGACCCAAAAUGUGGACUGAGAAUUGGAGUGGAUGGUUUCUAUCCUUUGGUGGUGCUGUACCUCAGAGACCAGUGGAAGACCUCGCAUUUGCUGUAGCACGCUUCUUUCAGCGAGGUGGAACUUUCCAAAACUAUUACAUGUACCAUGGUGGCACUAACUUUGGGCGGAGUACUGGUGGACCCUUUAUUGCUACAAGUUAUGACUAUGAUGCUCCAAUUGAUGAGUAUGGACUUCUUAGACAACCUAAGUGGGGUCACCUAAAAGAUGUGCAUAAGGCCAUAAAGCUUUGUGAAGAAGCAAUCGUGGCCACUGACCCAAAAAAUGUUUCUGUUGGUGGUCCAAACUUGGAGGCAACUGUUUACAAAACAGGAUCGGUAUGUGCUGCUUUUCUUGCCAAUUAUGACACCAAAUCUGAUGCCACUGUGACGUUCAAUGGCAACUCAUAUCACUUGCCUGCGUGGUCUGUGAGCAUCUUACCAGAUUGCAAAAAUGUAGUGCUUAACACUGCAAAGAUCAACUCUGCUGCCAUGAUUCCAAGCUUCAUGCAUCAAUCGUUGAUAGAUGACGUUGAUUCCUCUGAAGCUUUGGGCUCAGGCUGGAGUUGGAUAAAUGAACCAGUGGGUAUUUCAAAGGAUGAUGCAUUUACCAGAGUUGGAUUAUUGGAGCAAAUAAACACAACAGCUGAUAAAAGUGACUAUCUAUGGUACUCUUUAAGCAUUGAUGUCACAAAUUCUGAAACGUUCCUUCAAGAUGGAUCUCAAACUGUUCUUCAUGUGGAAUCACUUGGCCAUGCCCUGCAUGCAUUUAUUAAUGGAAAGCUUGCAGGGAGUGGAACAGGAAACGGUAACAAUGCCAAGGUUUCUGUGGAUAUCCCUGUCACAUUUGCAUCUGGGAAGAACACAAUAGAUCUUUUGAGUUUGACUGUUGGGCUUCAGAACUAUGGAGCUUUCUUUGACAAGACAGGUGCUGGAAUCACUGGUCCUGUACGGCUGAAAGGCUUGAAAAACGGCACUACUAUUGACCUUUCAUCUCAGCAAUGGACAUAUCAGAUUGGACUAAAAGGGGAAGAUAGUCUUCCCAGUGGAAGUUCUUCUCAAUGGGUUUCACAACCUACCUUGCCCAAGAAACAACCCUUGACGUGGUACAAGGCAAAAUUUAAUGCCCCUGAUGGCAGUAAUCCUGUUGCAAUAGACUUCACAGGGCUGGGGAAGGGUGAGGCAUGGGUGAACGGACAAAGCAUUGGGCGAUACUGGCCGACCAAUAUUUCUCCAACUAGCGGUUGCCCUGACUCUUGCAAUUACAGAGGACCUUAUGACUCAAACAAGUGCAGAAAGAACUGUGGCAAGCCAUCUCAGGAACUGUACCACGUACCCCGUUCGUGGUUGAAACCAAAUGACAAUACUCUUGUCCUGUUUGAGGAAAUUGGGGGUGAUCCAACGCAGAUAUCUUUUGCUACAAGACAGAUUGACAGCUUGUGCUCACAUGUAUCAGAGUCUCAUCCGUCACCUGUAGAUAUGUGGAGUUCAGAUUCAAAAGCAGGAAGGAAGUCAGGGCCUGUGCUUUCACUUGAGUGCCCAUUUCCUAAUCAAGUCAUUUCUUCGAUCAAGUUUGCAAGUUAUGGAAAACCGCAUGGGACUUGUGGGAGCUUUAGCCAUGGACAGUGCAAGAGCAAUAGAGCUCUAUCCGUUGUACAGAAGGCUUGCGUUGGAUCAAGGACUUGUAGCGUUGAAGUCUCAGUUAAUACAUUUGGUGACCCAUGCAAAGGAGUAGCAAAGAGUUUAGCAGUAGAAGCUUCCUGUAAAUAG